AUGGAACGGCCUCCUCCGCCUGCGGGCGUCGACCUCUCCGAGGAUAGAAGAGCAACAAUCGUAGCAACCUCAGUAGUGACGUGGUUUCUUGCAAUCAUCGCCAUUAUACUACGACUUCUGAGUCGGCGGAUGAAAGGCAUUGAGCUAUGGCUAGAUGAUUGGCUCAUCAUAGCAGCAUUGUUCCCUUCAUGUGCUCAUGUCUUUGGCAUGGCUGGAUACGCUGUUAGCCGAGGCUUAGGACAACACAUCUGGGUUACGCCGCCAGACUCAACGCGCGCUUGGGCACUGGGCUUAUUCAUCGCCGAGUUAGGAUACUUCUUCACACUGAUAUGUGUAAAAUGGUCCAUCCUGGCAUUUUACUGGCGCUCGUUCCAUAUCCGCCGCUCGAUCAGAAUACCGAUUUGGACGCUGGCAACGGUUGUACUCUUAUGGGGAAUUGCAGUCAUCCUCGUAACUAUAUUCCAAUGCCAACCAACACACGCCUUCUGGUCGCGAUUCGAUCCCGUCAACCCCCGCUCCCCAUCCGACUACCACUGCGGCGUGGAAGACACAAAAUUCUUCUACGGCAACGCCAUCCCAACCAUCAUCACCGAUAUCCUCAUGCUGCUUCUUCCCGCGCCAUACAUAUACACGCUCCAGUUACGGAAGGGGCAGAAAUUCGCCUUGGCGGGUAUUUUCCUAGUUGGACUUUUCGUCACGCUCGUGUCUGUUAUCCGGUUGAACUAUCUCCUCAAGGGAAACUUGCAAGAUCCCGACAUUACGUGGAAUUUUGUUGACAUUGGGCUGUGGUCCGUCAUUGAGGGAAACAUUGCAAUGGUUUGCGCUUGUUUGCCGUUCCUGCGGCCCAUUUUGAAUAAACUCACAUUCGGCAUCUUCAACAUCUCGUCGGUGGGCUCUAAACCCCACCAUUCGAGCAAUUUCAUCAAAGUUAGUCACAAUAACGCCAGUUCACACCGGUGGGACGAUAUCGGUCGGAGCGGCCGCACUUCUGCAACCGUCAAAGCCAAGGGCGAUGUGUGA